AUGUGGAGAAGACUCUCUGUUCAGCUUCGAACUCUUGCCUCGACGCAAUCGGCCCCCAAUUGCACUCGAAUUCUCACCGAAUCUUUAUCCUCUCCAGCUCCGCAUCACGUCGUCAAGUCUUUGCCCAUCGUCUAUCGCCUAUUCAGUACCGAAUCUGGAAAUGUGGUUAAGAGAGUUGAGGAUGUAAUGCCUAUUGCAACUGGUCAUGAGCGUGAAGAGAUUGAAGCUGAGAUUCAAGGAAAGGACAUUCUGGAAAUUGACCAUCCAUCCGGUCCCUUUGGCACAAAGGAAGCACCUGCUGUGAUCAAGUCUUACUAUGACAAAAGAAUUGUGGGAUGCCCUGGUGAUGAAGGCGAAGAUGAGCACGAUGUUGUUUGGUUCUGGCUAGAGAAAGGCAAGCCACAUGAAUGCCCAGUAUGCUCACAGUACUUUGUGUUGGAAGUGGUUGGCCCCGGUGGAUCUCCUGAUGGACACGGCGAUGAUGAGGAAGAUCAUCAUUAA